CGACAAACGACAUAACGAUUCAACCUUUGAACCAUCCAUGUCACCAUGGAACGUCUGCGAAGAAGGAGAGGACUACGCAAGAGUAAAGAGAUAUUGUCAGAUUCAAGUGUGUCGGACGACAGUGGGCCAUGGACCAACGAUUCAUCAAAUCGGUCAAAAACUUUCGUCCAAACCGCAUCUUCCGAUACAGUCGAAAGCGCUCCGAAAAAUACGAGAGAUUUCACUACUGCAGAGAUCGAUCUGAUACUCGAGACCUUGAACGAACAUGCCGUGGAAUGGUUGCGUCACGGCACUGAUCACAUCAUCUCUCAAUACCUGGCAGAUAAAAUACCACACGAACCGCACUUGAUAAGAUGGAAAAUCAAAACUCUAGCCAGCUUAUCCGUGAUGCUCAAGGAUAAGAAUAUCUCUCAAGUUCAGCCGCUAGUAACAGCGGGACCUGCAGACGCGAAUCUUUUAUCAUGCAACAAUUUGGAUUUACAGUCCACAGUGCUCCGUCGGUUGGUUAGUUCCGAAGCAGCCCACUUGUUAGAAAACGAGGCCCGCAACCCUUUUACCUCGCCUGUUAAAGACAACUCGAGAUCCCUGAGACCGAUGCUGAUGAAGUUGCUCGACGUUGCUUCCGAGUUAAAUUGGAUGGAAAAAAUGCGACAAGAUACAUACACCUGUGAUAUUGCGGAAAUUUGCUUUCGAGAAAUCAUGUGGCGAUAUGAGAAUACACCCGUGAAUCAACGUUCAGGUCGUGAAUGGAGAUGGUACAGAGACAUACGACAAUACGUACAAGAUUAUGAAAACGACAAAUUUCAAAUAACCUAUAACUUGGAGACGACGAAGCAAACGCACAAUGAGCUCGUGCAAUUCCUACAACGCGCGGGUAUGGGCGAACGAAAUCCGGUUGGAAAGGGAUCGUAUACGCAGUUGGAGCGCCAUCUGAUUGGAAACACGACAACACGCUUCAACACCGGUAAUUCAUCCACUAGGGGAAAAAUCGACAGAGGCCGAUCCUUUGCUCUCAAUGUCCCGUUCUUAGAAUCAUCUAUUGCAAGUUCAUCCAAAAAUACCAAACAGUCAUCGCAGGCUGACCAUUUAAAUACCCCUACGAACGAUGAAAAAGCAAAGUACAUAUACUUUCCUAUUUCUCACAAGACACGCGACCGAGUUAUCGCGCUGCCAAAGGAUUUCGCCAAUACCGACAAGUACCGCUCAUCCAGUAUUCGCCAUCGACGUCGUAUCGAGCCGGAACAAGUCAUCAGAGUACCGCCCAAAUACAUUGCCAAACAUGAGAAAGAACUGCUUAGCGAUUGGAUCGAUUCUGCAGAACGAUUUUUAUUCGAAAGCGUGCAGUCAUAUUACGAGGAAUGGGCUACAAUCAAUGCAUUCAUCGCGGAAGAAAAUCAACGACUCGAAUUUCACCGACGAAAAAAGCAAAAAACUGUAGACACCUCUUUUUAAUCAGUCACAAACUCUUUCGAAAUCACAUGCACAUCUUUGAUGUGCAUACCGUAAAUAUUCCCGUUUAUCUUCUUUGUGAUCAAAUGUUAUUUCAACAUCUGUUUAUUUUCUGCAUCUUUUCUUUUUACAAUUAUUUUAUUUCAUUGUAAUAUUGUCCAUAUUAUAAAAGCCCGUAUGCCAUGCUAACUCGAUG